AAAGAGUACCGGCCCAGGCCCAGUAGGUGCCGACGCCGUCGAUCAUCAAUUUUGCAACCCUCGUCUUCCCCCUUCUCAUACAGGUCUGCUGCAUCAAAAUUGAUAGAACAAAAAUGAGUGCAUACAACGCAUUUAAAUCGAAUGUUCCAGUUGCGUGGAGCCGUAAUCUCUACAUAACACUGGUUAGAGGAAUUCCGGGCACGAGGAAGCUCCACCGCCGCACCUUAGAGGCCUUGCGCCUCACCAAGUGCAACCGCACCGUCAUGCGAUGGAAUACCCCCACUGUCCGUGGAAUGAUCCAGCAGGUGAAAAGGUUGGUUGUGGUGGAGACUGAAGAAAUGCACAAUGCUCGGAAGCAGAAAGACGCUGCUCACCGAGCUCUGCGCCCGCCCUUGCUCGUAAAUCACCAGCCUGCCUCGACUAAUGAUUCUUCUGCAUAAUUUCUCAUAUUAAUUCUCUGGUUAUCUCAUAAUAAGUUAUCUCUAUGAAUGAGGACUGGUGGCAUGUUCGAAAGCAAUGUUUAAGCACUAAACUGGGAGAACAUAUUAGUACUAUUGCUACUUCUCAAGCUUUUAUUUUCGUGGAGGCGUGACUCAGCUACAUAGGUGUUCUGACCAAUGCGCUUCUACUGCUUGUUGGGAACUUUCUACUUCUGAAGCUUUUAUUGUUGAAGACUUCAUUUACUCGCAUGAUGAUAUAGAUGAUUUAUCUUCAGUUGAUGAGAAUUCGAUGUUUUGGCAUGCUUAUUUAAGUGUUAGGCACUUGCCUUGCUUGUUUCUGUACCUUUUCGGUAUCUUUCUGUACCUUGCUUGUUUGCACUUGCCAUUGAUGAACUUUAACUGGUAGAAAAUUAGAGAUUAAGGGUUUUGAUCUGA